GAUGCAAGAUAAAGGCCUUGCGGGCCAAGACCAACACCUACAUCAAGACCCCGGUGCGCGGGGAGGAGCCGGUCUUCGUGGUGACAGGGAGGCGGGAGGACGUGGCCAUGGCGCGGCGCGAGAUCAUCUCCGCCGCCGAGCACUUCUCGCUGAUCCGGGCCUCGCGCAACAAGGACGGCACGGUGAACGGAGCUGUGCCCGUCCCGCCCAACCUGCCGGGCCAGACCACCAUCCAGGUGCGGGUCCCCUACCGGGUGGUGGGGCUGGUGGUGGGGCCCAAGGGGGCCACCAUCAAGCGCAUCCAGCAGCAGACGCACACCUACAUCGUCACCCCGAGCCGCGACAAGGAGCCGGUCUUCGAGGUGACCGGCAUGCCGGCCAACGUGGACCGGGCCCGGGAGGAGAUCGAGGCUCACAUCGCCAUGCGGACGGGCGGCCUGGUGGAGCUCAACGACGAGAACGACUUCCACUGCAACGGCGUGGACGCCGGCUUCGGCGCGCGCCAGCACAAGGCCUGGACCAAGCCGGCCCUGCCCGCCGGCCGCAAGCCCCUCUCCAGCUUCCGCAGCAACGGCUCGGCCGCCCCCCCGGACUACUUCUACGGCAACGUCAAGCUGGCCGAGCACCACGCCCCCUUCGGCAACGGGGCGGUCUAUGGCGAGCCCUAUUUCGGGGCCGACGGCCGGGAGCUGCCGGCGGCCGGCAUGGAGCCCGCCCCCCACCUGUGGACUCACCAGGACCUG